GUGGGGUUUACUUGUGUUGAAACAAACUUGCUGGUGAAAUCAUUGUGUUUAUAAUAGUGGUAUAUAUUGUGUUGUGUGUAAAUCAAUUGGGUUUAUUUGGUGUUGCGUUAUUAGGAGAACUGUGAAGAUAACCUACAGGUAUAAUUUUACAACAUGGAACUUCGGAACUUUUUUAAGCAAUGUCGAAAAAUUGUAGCUGUUGGUCGAAAUUACAGGGAACAUGUGUUAGAGUUGAACAACGCUAUGCCGAAGAAACCCUUGUUGUUUUUGAAACCUCCUUCGAGUAUGAUACAAGAAGGACAAGCAAUUAAAAUUCCGCCCAUGUGUGCGUUGUUACACCAUGAAGUGGAACUUGGAAUCAUCAUUGGCAAAGCAGGAUACAACAUAUCAGAAGAGAAUGCUCAUAAACAUAUUGGGGGAUAUGCAUUAGCAUUGGAUAUGACAGCCAGGGAUUUACAAGAGGAUGCUAAAAAAGCUGGUCAACCGUGGUUACUGGCAAAAGGCUGGGACACUUUUUGCCCAAUUAGUGACUUCAUCCCUGCGGCAUCUAUACCUGACCCACAAAGUGUUAAGUUAUGGUUAAAAGUUGACGGAGUGUUGAAGCAGUCUGGUAAUACAAACGAUAUGAUUUUCCCUAUACCUCAUAUUAUUAGUUAUAUCAGUGGAAUUAUGAGCUUAGAGGCAGGUGAUUUGAUUUUGACUGGAACACCAAGUGGGGUGGGUCCAGUCAAAGCUGGUCAAGUCAUUGAGUGUGGUUUGGAAGGAAUCAAAGAAAUGAAAUUUACAGUUAAAUAGGUUUCUUAGCAUAGAAGAUAUGGAUAUUCAAACUACAUAUUUUUUUAUCAAUAUUAUCUAGUUUGUUGUCGAUAAUGUGUAGAGCUUAAAACACUGAUGAAAAUAUAUAGAA